GGCGGAUGCUCGAUCGGAUGGCCCGAGCGCGGGGCGACCAGGGCCAUGGCGAUUUGGGGCAGGGACGACCGCUGUAGUCUGACGCAUGCGCAGUACAGUGUCCAUAAGCCCAGCCCACCAGCGACGGACAUACGCCCUCGGCCGCCCGCACUCGCUCGCACAAGUGCUACAGGCACGCGGACCUUGACUGCGUUCGCUGCCGGCGCCUGCGCAAAGGGAACGCGCACAUAAAGACAGCCGUCCGGACCCUCCGCUCGCCGCCGCAUUCUUCGCGCCUCUCCGCCCCUGCACGUCUGCUCCGCCCGCACGCUGGGCCUGCAAUAACGGCGCCUUCGAG